AUGUGGAUGCCCUUCAUUCUUCUGAGUCUUCCAGGCUGUUUCUCCAUCCAAGGCCCCGAAAGUGUGAGGGGUGUAGAGGGGGGUUCUCUGGCCGUGCAGUGCCACUAUGGGCCCAGAUGGGUCAAGCACGGGAAGCAAUGGUGCCAAGGACCCAGCUGGAGAGAGUGCAAGGUCCUGGUGCAGACAGUUGGGGGCUCCCAGCACCAGGCGCAGAGCGGGGACGUGGCCAUCAGCGACGACCCUCGGGUCCGCGCCUUCACUGUGACCAUGAACCACCUCCACCCAGAGGACACGGGGACCUACUGGUGCGAUAUCAACCCGGCGGGCUUGGAGUUCAAGCGCAUCAGUGUGACUGUGGAUCCAGCAACCCCUGACACCCCAAAGCAUAAAAGACGCCUGCAUUCCACUAUGACUGAGACCCCCAGAGCAGCCACCUCGGGCGUCUACACUCGGACCCAUUACCUGCUCCUGGGGUUCCUGAAGGUACCCAUCCUGUUGCUGCUGCUCGGCAUUAUCCUCUGGCUGAGGGGACGCCCCCAGGAACAAUGCAUGGAGCCACUGUACGUCAACAUGACUGAGUGCUGA